UUAUAUGUUCUAACCUACAAAUAUGUCGGACACAGAGCUCUUUUUUGAAGAAGAUAUUAGCAUUGAUCGAGAGCUAAUUGCUGUGGUUCGAGCAAAUCGGUUUUUAUACGACAAGACUGAAAAGUUGUAUGCCAAUGGAGACGUAAAAACCGAAGCAUGGAAGCAGGUUGGCGCGAGCCUAACUAAUCCAAUAGAAGGUCCUGCUGCCGAGAAGAGAUUUUAUGUUCUGAGACAGCGCUUUGGGAAAGAGCGGAGAAAAAUGGUGCAGUCCAUGCCAAGAUCUGGAGCUGGAGCAGACCAGUUUACAUACAAAUCAAUGUGGCCAUUAUACAAGGACCUCAUAUUCUUGGAGGAUAUUAUCAAACCUAGAAAUACCUCAUCCAACUGCAAGUCCAAAGUUGUUGUAAAUAGUGAAGCAUCAGUAUGUCGUACAACUACCUCAUUACCGUUUACAUCUGCUCCUUCUGAUGGUCAUAUGAUAGUGCACACGAUUUAUCCUUUCUCUUCUCAGUCUGCUGCAGCAAGCUCAGACAUGUCCAGUUGGAAUUCAGAUUCAUUAACAAAUCUUAUAGGUACUGACAAGAGUUUCACAGAUACAUCUGAAAACUCCUUUUUGCCACUUCCUACAUCAUCUCCUUCAACAUCACCUUCAGUUAGAUCAGACUUUGGAAGUAAUAAUACAGUUGUACAGGCGCAGAAAGCUAUAUCCAGCAUUAAUACUAAGCGCAAAGUGCCCACACUCGAUUCAUUUGCGAACAAAAAACGGCAAGAAGUAGAUACUAUCAAUAAGACUUUAACCGAACAGAGUAAAGGAUUGACAGACCUUGCAGCAAAGAUUGGUAAAGCAAUAACGGUUCCACCACCAAAUGUUCCGCCAGCAAUAGUCAGUGAUGCAUUUUCUGAUAUUAAGCCCAUGCUGAGUGCCAUAGGAUUUGCACUAGGAGUAGUACCUAAGAAUGUUCAACUUGAAUGUCUCAUAGGUAUAUUACAAUAUAUAAAUGAUUUCAGUAAGAACAAAAGUGUAUCGAAUUAA